UUUCAUACAUAAUAUGUAUUCAUCAAUACCAGUUUUCGAAAAAAAUUAUUCCCGAUUAAGUGUACUAGACUGGACUAGAAACAUUCAAAGACUACAAAAUGAAGCAAGAUUGCGUCGCUUCGAGUCCUACGAAUUAAGACAAAGAGCAAAUCAGCUUCGCAAUGAGACAUCGGUAACAACUCGAUGGGAUAAUUACGUUAACAAUGAGUUAAUGAGAGACAGAAUAUUUGAGGUAGAUUCUUGGAGGGAAAAACAAAGAUUCACAAGGGAACAAGUGAGAGAUGAAAUAAGAGCUUUAAAAGAAGAGAAGAAUGCCACUGAGUUACACCUGGAAUCUUUGCAGUUACCAUUUAUGGUAGUAUCUCAAUGUAUCUCGAAUAGAGAUCAGAGAGUACCACCAGAAUUGACCAGAGAUCAGCUAGGAGAAGAAUUGAGAAAAGAGGUACACACAAUCGAAAAUAGUAAGCGAGUCCUGACCGAUGUAUGUCACAUGGGCUGGGAGAAGAUCAAGGACUUGACGAAUGUCUUAUGCAGACUGGAAAGGGAGAUACAGAACAAAGACGAUGCAUUAGUAUUAGAAUAUCAUGUAAAGGAUUUGAAUCGAGAUAGUUCUGACAUUUCUUAUAAGUUAGACCCUACGAGAAUACCACCGGAUUCAAUGACAGAAGAAAGUUAUAUACAUUGCAUAGAAAAUACUGUUAAAAUAGCUGAACAGCUAAUGAAGGAGUCCAAGGAUUUACGCGAAAUAAUGUUCAAAAGUAGAGAACAAGCUAGGAAUCAAAUGUACGCUCAAAGCCAGCAAGUCGAAAUGAUAAUGAGAAGGCGUAUUUACGAUAUCCAGAGAGCUAGAAAUGAAAUGGAGUGGCAGAACUACAAGCUAGAAGCAAAUUUGCAAAAAGUUGACCGAGAAAUCGAAACACUUCGUGCAGCAGUUGCUGAUAAAAUUAAUCCAACCAAACUUGUGGAAACUCGACUAGAAACUCGGUUGCGACGACCAGUCUUAGAAAGAGUUCAGGAUAAACCAAUGCGUGGUCUUAUUGAAGAAUACGAAAGAGUACAUAUGAGCUCCAAUAUGUUAGAAAAGAAACUUGAAGAAGCACUGUCAACCUACCAUGGACUUUAUAAUCACCACCAGCGUGUGAUCAAGGAUCUGGAGUACAAGAACCAAGCACUAGAAACAGACCGACGCCUGAUCGAAAUUAGAAAACCUUUACAUAGAGAAGAUGAUUCUGACUUUAAGAGGAAUGUUGGAUAUUGUCACAUGCCCGCGGAACUUGUUACAGAUUAAAAAUAUGGCACUAAAAUAGUGCAUUAAAGAUAUAUUUCACUUUUAGAUGCAAUAUUUUAGGUAAUCAGAUAGGCGGGCUUAGCAGCCGAUGUCACUUUUUUGUUCCUUUUGACAAAGGUAUUGCUCUAUACAGCCUGUGGUGACGAUAAUAUUAUUAUAAAAAAAUAAGACACAAAUGCGAAUACAAAAAAAAAAUAUAAACAAUAUCACGUACAAGGCUUUUCUUAUUAGUUCGCAGUUCUAUUGUGUAUUGUUAUGAAGUGUGUGAAGUUGAUUUAAAUACACAAAUAACAUAUUACAAUCAAAAAUACUCACGGGUUGGUGGCACAAUUUUCUUAAAAAAACCUUAAUUUACCAUGUUAAUUAUAUUUUUGUUUUCCAAAUAAUAUUUAAUUAUUUUUAAUUGCUAAUUGAAACAUUAUAUAAUUGUAUUUAAAUUUUUUAAUAUAACUCAAUAAGUAAGGCAGACGAAUGUAAGGCGUCAGGAAGACGCAAUAUGCACAUUUUAAAUAUUAGCAAGUAACAGUUAAACAGCAGGUGUCUCACUGCCAGGCAAAGGCUUCCUCCUCUUAGGUAGUAAGUAGUUUAUAUAGUUAGUUUUAU